AUGCCGCUCCAAAUCCGAAGAAACCGUUGCGUAGGCUUCGUAUUCGAGAAUCUCCUCACCAUCCUGACGGUUGUAGGCGUGCUGUCUGGCACUCUACUGGGCUGUGGUCUUCGGGCAUCUGGUCAUCAAUGGUCCAAACGUGACGUCAUGUACUUCCAGUACCCCGGAGAACUCUUUCUAAGGAUGCUGAAGUGUUUGAUAGUACCAUUGUUGGUUUCAUCAAUCGUGUCUGCUAUUGGUUCUUUGGAUCUCAGUCUUUCUGGCAAGGUUGGUCUUCGCGCUAUUAUAUACUACAUGACGACAACAGUAUGCGCGGUGAUGUUGGGUAUCGCGCUGGUCACCACCAUCAAGCCGGGAAAAUCCAGUGAGCAGUACACGCAGCCAAAUGCAACCAAGGUCAUAACUAAGGACACCCUGACAUCGGAUACACUGCUGGAUUUGAUAAGGAAUGUGUUCCCCGAGAACAUCGCACAGGCAACAAUUGCCUCCUACCGCACUCGACUUGUUUACGAUCGAAACGACAAUAACAGUCGCGAAGGCGCAUUGGAAACGUACGAGAUAAGGGGUGACUAUCAGAACGGCAGCAAUGUUUUGGGACUCGUGUGCUUCAGCAUUGUUCUGGGUAUCACACUCGGUAAGAUGGGAGAAAAGAGUCGACCGCUCCAGAAUUUUUUCCAUGCGUUCUCGGAAGCCAUGAUGAUCAUCACUGGAUGGGUUAUAUGGCUAUCACCGCUCGGAGUGUUUUUCUUAGUAACAGCAAAGAUUAUGGAAAUUGAUUCGUUCGCAGACCUGGUGGGUAGACUGGGUCUAUACUUCGUAACAGUUCUGCUAGGAUUGUUCCUUCAUGGUUUCGGGACUUUAAGUAUUCUAUUCAUACUGGCUACAAAGAAGCUGCCAUGCCGAUAUAUUGGAAAAAUGGGACAAGUCAUGGCGACAGCUUUUGGUACUGCUUCUAGUUCAGCCACGAUGCCAAUAACGAUCGGAUGCUGCGACGACAUGGGUUUGGACCCACGCAUAACACGGUUCGUGAUACCGAUCGGCGCAACUAUCAACAUGGAUGGUACGGCGCUGUACGAGGCUGUGGCAGCUAUUUUUAUUGCUCAGCUAAGACGGGUUGAUAUGUCUUUUGGAAAGAUCAUUGCUGUUAGUGUGACUGCAACAGCAGCAAGCAUAGGCGCAGCAGGUAUCCCACAGGCUGGCCUGGUGACUAUGGUGAUGGUGUUGGAUACUGUCAACUUACCUGCUGAGGACGUUUCCAUCAUUCUAGCUGUCGACUGGCUUCUUGACCGCUUCCGUACCACAAUCAACGUGGUAUGCGACGCUUUGGGCGCCAUCAUUGUGACGUCACUGUCUCAAGGUGACAUCGACAAGACUCGUGCCGCCGCGAAUGACAGAGAUGGAGUGCCCUCACAAGAACUCACUGAGCUAGAGAAAGGUGACCACUGA